CGAGAAGACACCGGAGAAGUGCAAGGUGCAAUUCUCACUAGGGAUCAUGAUCGUUGUUAUCUGUUGCAAUUUUGUUAAGGCUUGGAGUAUGAUCAUGGCGGUUGUGAGAUCCCGAGAGCCAACGCUGGUUACAUUAGGUGAUGCUAUAGACUCCUUUUUGAAAAACCCGGACCCGACAACAAUCGGAAUAUGCUUUGCCGACCGGCGGUUUGUUGAGAGGGAGUGGAAGAGUGGAUUGAGAUCCACACCGAGGCAGUGGAAGCAAAAGAGGGUGCAGAGGUGGUGGACUAGUGUUAGUCAAACAAGGUGGAUAACUUGCAACUUUUUCUGCUUGAUAGCUAUCAUUGCCGGGGCAGUUUUACUUCGAUCUGGUAUGGGUCAGGACAGGCCAUACUUGGGGACAGAUAUUAAAUCAAU